AUGUUCUCUAGUCUGAUCGUCUCCGCAUUCGCCGUCUACGUGGCCGGUGUUUAUGGUGAAGACAUAUGCGACAGCCUCUGCGAGGGCACUACUGGUUGUGAUGUUUCCUACUGCAAGGAUAAUGGCCUGUGCCAUGGCCUGUACCACAAAGACAAUUCUACAUGUUUCUAUGGAGUUGAUGCCGAUUGUGAUGAUACAUAUCUAUCGCCGGUAUCAUGCCAUGACGAGUACCGCUCGAGCUGCACUGAUGUGUGUAAUGGCAUCGAGAACUGUUACAACUCAGAGUCUGGUUCUUAUUGUAAAGUGUGGGCUGAUCCUCCUGUGUGCUUCGGUAUCAAGGUGAAGUCUGAUGGGUCGGUAUGUUACGGCGGCGAGAUCGAGGGAUGCGACGGUGAUCCGUAUACUUGUUCUGAGGAUGCUAGUUCUUCGAACGCAACGACCACUGAUGCCCCUGUCGGGACCACCGAGGCCCCUGUCGAGACCACUGAGGCCCCUGUCGAGACCACUGAGGCUCCUCUCGAGACCACCGAGGCCCCUGUCGAGACCACUGAGGCCCCUGUCGAGACCACUGAGGCUCCGAUCGAGACCACUGAGGCUCCGAUCGAGACCACUGAGGCUCCGAUCGAGACGACUGAGGCUCCGAUCGAGACGACUGAAGCUCCUGUCGAGACCACUGAGGUUCCUGUCGAGACCACUGAGGUUCCUGUCGAGACCACUGAGGUUCCUGUCGAGACCACUGAGGUUCCUGUCGAGACCACUGAGGUUCCUGUCGAGACCACUGAGGUUCCUGUCGAGACCACUGAGGUUCCUGUCGAGACCACUGAGGCUCCGAUCGAGACCACUGAGGUUCCGAUCGAGACCACUGAGGUUCCGAUCGAGACCACUGAGGCUCCUGUCGAAACUACUGGAAAGCCUGUCGGAACUACCGAGGUUCCUGUCGACACCACUGAGGCCCCUGUCGACACCACUGAGGCCCCUGUCGACACCACUGAGGCCCCUGUCGACACCACUGAGGCCCCUGUCGAGACCACUGAGGUUCCUGUCGACACCACUGAGGUUCCUGUCGACACCACUGAGGCUCCUGUCGACACCACUGAGGUUCCUGUCGAGACCACUGAGGUUCCUGGGGAGACAACGGAGUCGCCAGUCGAGAAAACGGAGGGCCCGGUCGACACCACUGAGGCCCCUGCCGAGACCACUGAGGCUCCUGCCGAGACCACUGAGGCUCCUGCCGAGACCACUGAGGCUCCUGCCGAGACCACUGAGGCUCCUGCCGAGACCACUGAGGCUCCUGCCGAGACCACUGAGGCUCCUGCCGAGACCACUGAGGCUCCUGCCGAUACUACUGAAGUAUGCAUGAAGAUUUGUAAUGAGUUCGGGCCUUGCCGGGAUUCUGAUUCCGGGUCUUACUGCAAGACUUGGUUGGCUCCGUCAGUAUGUUUCGGCAUAGCCGAUUCUGGGGAAAGUCUUUGUUACUCCGAUGUUGACGACUGCGAAGGCGAGCCAAUAGAAUGCAGUGACACCACUGAGGCUCCCGCUGUCGAGACUACCGAGGCUUCCGCUGUCAAGACUACCGAGGCUCCCGCUGUCAAGACUACCGAGGCUCCCGCUGUCGAGACUACCGAGGCUCCCGCUGUCGAGACUACCGAGGCUCCCGCUGUCGAGACUACCGAGGCUCCCGCUGUCGAGACUACCGAGGCUCCCGCUGUCGAGACUACCGAGGCUCCCGCUGUCGAGACUACUGAGGAUUCCGCUGUCGAGAGUACUGUCCCGUCGAUGAUCAGGCUGCUAUAA